AUGUCUCUGGUCGACCACACCAUCCCUUCUAGGGAGUCCACGCAUUCCAUAACCCACGCCGCAACCCGCGUCCAGGACGAGCUCCACACCCAGGACAAACAGCCCUCAAAUAACGAGUCGUCUGCCCCGUCCGACGUCUCCUCAUCCUCUGCCACCCACGAUAACGAUAUCAAGUACCAAGACAACAUGCUCGACGAAUACUACGACGCCGACGACAUCAUGGCCACCGAGUCUGUCAAGACCGAGGCGUGCCUCAAGUCUGGAGACGCACCCGCCCUCCCUCCGAGAAGCAAUCUGCGAUCAUCUCGACUCCUGAAUGCCUUCACCAUGAAGCUUGCCGCCGAGGAACAGACCACGACACUGUCUCGUGCCACACCGCAAGACGUCUAUCUCUCGUCCGAAGAGGACGCCUCCUCUUCUGCCGACGAGUUUGACGAGUUCUCCGACUACGACUUUGAAUCCGAGAGCGAGGAGUCGACUGGCUCUCCCGUGAGGAGAAAGAGCCACGAGGACACGGCCAAGGUCGUGUCGGUUGUCUUCAUCGGCAAGCCCUCGAUCAUCGACCUCCCUGCUACUCGCCGCUCUGCCUCACCCACUUCAUCCCAAGACAGGCCCCAGAGCAGCCUGGGCACGUCGGUCACCGAGCCUUCGCUGCGCCGCCUUUCCAUCUCCUCCUCCUCCACCGGCGUCUCCUUCAACCCGACCCACCCGCCCAGGUCAAGCAGCAUGUUCGUCGGCGCCAUGGCGAAGCAGAAGCCUGCCUUCCUCAGCAUUGACCCAUACGCUGGCAAGACGUACGAGCAGACGCUGGACGAGGAGCGUGAGUCGGAGCAGCCAGUGACGCCUCGCACACCAACAGCCAUCCUCAAGAGGGGACUCAGCAUUGUGCGCAAGCGAAGCAAGCCCGCUCUCAAGGAUCAAUUCAACUCGGCCUCGACUGCAUCUCUCCCCCUUGAGACCAAGGAGCAGGCAUCACCCGCCGCCACCGGUCCCAUCAGUUACAACGACAUUAUGAAGGCCGCCAAGAGGAAUACUCGCGACUCGGCGCUCAUGUCACCAGUCUCUCCUGCUGCUUCUUCCCCCGUCUCGUCAACAGGCAAGAACAGGAUACUGAGCAGCUUCCACAGGAGGAAGAGCAUCAAGGCAUGA